UCGCAGCGUCACAGACAGACAGGCAGACAGACAGGUCGCAGCGUCACAGCCCUGUGUGUCGGUCGGGACCUAGCGUUAGCUGCGGUGUAAGCUGCGGGGGAGAGGCGGUUCUUGAAGGCGUGGAAACCCACUUGACGUUACCGAUAACGGGAUAUCGAUCCCAAGUGAUCGGUGCCGAUGAAACGACCCGUCUCGUGUGGACCCGGAGGAGAAGAAGAGACUUUUACAGGACUGAUGGCUCCAGAGUGACAUGCCAUGGCGUUGAUGAUCCCCCCGGUGAAGCUCAAAUGGCUGGAGCACCUGAACAGCUCGUGGAUCACGGAGGACAGCGAGUCCAUCGCCACGCGGGACGGCGUGUCGGUGCUCUACUCCAAGCUGCUGGCCAACAAAGAGGCGGUGCUGCUGCCCCAGCAGGUGCUGUGUCUGAAGGGCCCCCAGCUGCCAGACUUUGAGCGCGAGUCCCUCUCCAGCGACGAGCAGGAGCACUACCUGGACGCCCUGCUCAGCAGCCAGCUGGCCUUGGCCAAGAUGGUGUGCUCCGACUCUCCCUUCGCCGCCGCCCUGCGCAAACGCGUGCUGGUGCUCCAGCGCAUCUUCUACGCGCUCUCCAACAAGUACCACGACAAGGGAAAGGUCAAGCAGCAGCAGCACUCCCCGGAGAGCAGCUCGGGCUCGGCCGACCUGCACUCCGUGAGCGAGCGGCCGCGCUCCAGCACGGACGCCCUCAUCGAGAUGGGCGUCCGCACGGGCCUCAGCCUCCUCUUCGCUCUGCUGCGCCAGAGCUGGAUGAUGCCGCCGCCGCCCGGCCUCGCCGGGAGCGCCGGAGGCAACAUCAACUUGUGCAACGACGUCAUCCACACGGCCAUCGACGUGGUCAGCUCCCUGCCGCCCCUCUCGCUGGCCAACGAGAGCAAGAUCCCGCCGAUGGGCCUGGACUGCCUGGCCCAGGUCACCGCGUUCCUGAAGGGGGUGACCAUGCCGAACUCCGGGGCGGAUAUCUUAGGGCGGCGGCUGGCCUCGGAGCUGCUGCUGGGCCUGGCCUCCCAGAGGGGCUCCCUGCGCUACCUGCUGGAGUGGAUCGAGAUGGCCUUGGCUGCAUCGGCCGUGGUCAGCGCCAUGGAGGAGAACAAGGUGCUGCAGAACCAGGAGGGGCUCAUCGGCUACGAUUGUUUCAUGAACAUCCUCAUGCAGAUGAGGCGCUCGUUGGGCUCCUCAGCUGAUCGCAGCCAGUGGAGAGAACCCACCCGGACCCCCGACAGCUUGUGCUCGUUGUACGAGGCGGCGCUCUGUCUUUUAGAAGAGGUGUGUCGCAUGGCGUCGGACUACUCUCGCACCUGCGUCAGCCCCGACAGCGUCCAGACCGGCGAGGCCCCCGUGGCGUCCGAGAGCUGCGAGGUGUACGUGUGGGGCAGCAACAGCAGCCACCAGCUGGUGGAGGGAACGCAGGAGAAGAUCCUGCAGCCCAAGUUGGCCGCGAGCUUCGCCGACGCACAGACGAUUGAGGCGGGCCAGUACUGCACCUUUGUGAUCUCGAGUGACGGCUCGGUCCGGGCCUGUGGGAAGGGCAGCUACGGCCGGCUGGGCCUCGGCGACUCCAACAACCAGUCCACGCUGAAGAAGCUGACCUUUGAACCCCACCGCGCCGUCAAGAAGGUGUCGUCGUCCAAGGGCUCGGACGGCCACACGCUGGCCUUCACGACGGAGGGUGAGGUGUUCAGCUGGGGUGACGGUGAUUACGGCAAACUGGGUCACGGGAACAGCUCCACGCAGAAAUACCCCAAACUGAUCCAGGGGCCGCUGCAGGGGAAGGUGGUGGUGUGCGUGUCUGCCGGCUACAGACACAGCGCCGCCGUCAGUGAGGACGGAGAGCUGUACACGUGGGGCGAAGGAGAUUUCGGCCGAUUGGGUCACGGCGACAGCAACAGCCGGAACAUUCCCACCCUGGUGAAGGACGUCAGCAACGUGGGGGAGGUGUCGUGCGGCAGCUCGCACACCAUCGCGCUGUCGAAGGACGGGCGCACCGUGUGGUCCUUCGGAGGAGGCGACAACGGAAAACUCGGUCACGGUGACACCAACCGGGUCUACAAGCCAAAGGUCGUGGAAGCCCUGCAAGGGAUGUUCAUCCGAAAGGUGUGUGCAGGGAGCCAGUCGUCUCUCGCCUUGACCUCCACCGGACAGGUGUACGCGUGGGGCUGCGGCGCCUGUCUGGGCUGCGGUUCCUCCGAGGCCACGGCUCUCAGGCCCAAACUCAUCGAGGAGCUGGCUACCACCAGGGUGGUGGACAUCUCCAUCGGGGACAGCCACUGCCUGGCCCUGUCGCACGACAAUGAAGUGUACGCGUGGGGCAACAACUCCAUGGGCCAGUGCGGCCAGGGCAACUCCACGGGGCCCAUCACCAAGCCCAAGAAGGUGGUCGGCCUGGACGGGGUCGCUAUUCAGCAGAUCUCAGCCGGCACCUCCCACAGCCUGGCGUGGACCGCCCUGCCCAGAGACAGGCAGGUGGUGGCUUGGCACAGGCCCUACUGCGUCGACCUGGAGGAGAGCACCUUCUCCCACCUGCGCUCCUUCCUCGAGCGCUACUGCGACGGCAUCAACAGUGAAGUCCCGCCCCUUCCGUUCCCGUCAUCCAGGGAGCAUCAUAACUUCCUCAAGCUGUGCCUUCGGCUCUUGUCCAAUCACCUGGCUCUGGCUCUGGCCGGGGGCGUGGCCACCAGUAUCUUAGGCCGGCAGGCCAGACCCCUGAGGAACCUGCUCUUCAGACUGAUGGACUCCUCGGUGCCGGAUGAGAUCCAGGAGGCGGUGAUUGAGACUCUGUCAGUCGGGGCGACCAUGCUGCUGCCUCCACUGAGAGAGAGGAUGGAGCUCCUCCACUCGUUGCUGCCUCAGGGCCCUGACCGAUGGGAGAGUCUCUCCAAAGGACAGAGGAUGCAGCUCGACAUCAUCCUGACCAGCCUGCAGGACCACACCCACGUGGCCUCGCUCCUGGGCUACAGCUCUCCGGCCGACGGGCCCGAGGGGCUCUGCUCCGGGCCGGGCUUCACGGCCGCCCCGGACCCGGCGUAUGGCACCGCGGCCGGACCCCCCGACACCCACCUGGCCGAGAUCCUCAUGAAGACGCUGCUCAGGAACCUGGGCUUCUACACCGAUCAGGCCUUCGGGGAGCUGGAGAAGAACAGCGACAAGCUGCAGCAGGGCACCUCCUCCUCCGACAGCAGCCAGCCGGCUCACCUCCACCAGCUGCUGUGCUCCCUGCAGAAGCAGCUGCUGGCGUACUGCCACAUCAACGCCGUCACCGAGAGCUCCAGCAGCGUGGCGUUGCUCCACAAACACCUGCAGCUGCUGCUGCCGCACGCCACCGACAUCUUCACCCGCUCGGCCGCCCUGAUCCAAGAGAGCUCGUCUCUGAACGGCAGCAUGCGAGAGAAGCUGCAAGACGUGAUCUACGUGUCGGCGGCCGGCAGCAUGCUGUGCCAGAUCAUCAACUCCCUGCUGCUGCUGCCGGUGUCGGUGGCGAGGCCUCUGCUGAGCCACCUGCUGGACCUGCUGCCUCCUCUGGACCGCCUCAACCGGCUGCUGCCCGCCGCCUCCCCUCUGGAGGACCAGGAGCUGCAGUGGCCCCUUCACGGGGCGUCGGACUUUGCCGAGCCGACCUCCGGGACGACCCUGCCACAGCCGGCGCUCUCCUGGGUGUGGCUCGUGGACCUGGAGAGGACGGUCGCCCUGCUGGUGGGUCGCUGCCUCGGUGGGAUGCUGCAGGGGGCGCCGACCUCUCCGGAGGAGCAGGACACCGGCUACUGGCUCAAAACGCCCCUCUUCAGCAACGGCUUGGAGAUGGACAUCCCGCAGCUCGACUCCAGCAUCAGCUCAUUACUGGAGGCGGCGCUGUCCGGCAAUGAGGAGCAGAAGCCCUUCGACUCCACACUGCGGCCCGACUUGAGCGUCUUGGUGGACUUGGCGCUGUGCUCCUCUAAAGAACCUGCCAACAGCCUCUGGAUCAACAUGCAGGACUACGGCAUGAGCAAAGACUGGGACAACGCGUCUCUCAGUAACGAGUCCCUGCUGGACACCGUGUCCAGGUUUGUGUUGGCAGCCUUGCUGAAGCACACAGGGCUGCUGCACCAAGCCUGUGGAGAGGGCAGGUACCAACCCUCUAAGACCCUGGCGGAGGUCUAUCGCAGUGUCUAUAAGGUCCGGAACCGCCUGCUGGCCUGUAAGAAUAUGGACUUCAUCCAGACCAGGUCCUCUUCCCGGGAGAGGAGGAUUUCGGACAAUCAGGACUCUCUGGACAUGGACCCCCAGGAGCACUCGUUCACGCGCACCAUCGACGAGGAGGCGGAGCUAGAGGAGCGAGCCGACCGCGAGAGAGAGGAGGGCCAUCAGGAACAGGACGACGAGGAGGAGGAGCGGGAGCACGAAGUAAUGACGGCUGGAAAAAUCUUUCAAUGUUUCCUCUCAGCGCGGGAUGUGGCUCGCAGUCGGGACAGAGAGCGGACCAGCAGCAGCACGGGACUCGGCUCCGGCUCCAGGAGCGCAGGAGGAGGUGGAGGAGGUGGAGAGGAGGAGGACACCAGCCUCUCUCAGGAGGGGAGGAGGGGCAGCACCGGUCUCCCAGAGGGCCAGGACCUGUACACCGCCGCCUGUAACUCCGUGAUCCACCGCUGCGCCCUGCUGCUGCUGGGCGUGAGCCCUGUGCUGGGGGAGCUGACCAAGCAGGACCACGAGGAGGACCAGACCCAGUCCACCACGGGGACGCAGGAGUGUCUGAGCUUCAUGACCAGGAGCGAGAGUCUGAGUGCUGAGCGGUCGGUGCAGAACAGCCCGAGUUACAGACUCAUGAAGUCCAGGAGCGAGUCGGACCUCUCACAGCCCGAGUCUGACGAGGAGGGUUACGCUCUGAGCGGAAGGAGGAACGUUGACCCGGACUUGACGUUCUCUCACAAAAAGAGAGGUUUACUCCACAGCUCGCCGGACUCCCUGGCCGAGUCCUGGUUCCGGGCCAAACUGAGCCGCCAGCGCAGCUACGGCUCCGCCCUCUUUUACGAGGAGGCGGAGCUAGAACUGAGCCGCUCGCUGGGCGUCCACGCCCUCAUCGACAACAUGGUCAGCUUCAUCAGCGGCGACGUGGGCCUCGCUCCGGCCUUCAAGGAGCCCGAGGAGAGCAUGUCCACCGGCCCCCAGGCAACGGUCCUGGCCAUGGAGCAGCAGCAGAGCAGGGCGGAGCUGCGGUUGGAGGCGCUCCACCAGAUCGUGGUGCUGAUCUCCGGCAUGGAGGAGAAGGGCAGCCAGCCCGGCGGCGCCUUCCAGUCCUCCUCGCUGCUCACCUCCGUCCGGCUGCAGUUCCUGGCGGGCUGCUUCGGCCUCGGCACCGUGGGCGCCGGAGGGCUGAAGAGGGAGAGCGUGCAGCUGCAUCACUACCAGGACGGUGUAAAAGCAGCGAAGAGGAGCCUCCAGAUGGAAAUCCAGACAGCCGUUCAUAAGAUCUACCAGCAACUGUCCGUCACCCUGGAGAGAGCGCUGCAGGCAAACAAGCACCACAUAGAAGCCCAGCAGCGCCUCCUGCUGGUCACCGUCUUCGCCCUGAGCGUGCGCUACCAGCCGGUGGACGUGUCGCUGGCCAUCUCCAGCGGGCUGCUCAGCGUGCUGUCGCAGCUCUGCGGCACGGAGACGAUGCUCGGCCAGCCGCUGCAGCUGCUGCAGAAACCCGGAGUGUCUCAGCUCAGCACCGCCCUCAAGGUGGCCUCCACCCGCCUGCUGCAGAUCCUGGCCAUCAGCACCGGGACGUAUGCGGACAAGUUGAGUCCCAAGGUGGUCCAGUCGCUGCUGGAUCUGCUCUGCAGUCAGCUGAAGAACCUGCUGGCUCAGGCCGGAGUCAGCCUGCUCUCCGCCGGACAGGAGGACGGCAAGCAUGAGGACGGAGCCGACGCCGAGAAGAAGGACUUCAGAGGUGACGGAGCGUUGAUCCGUAAGCAGCACACGGCUGAGCUUCACCUCGGGGACUUCCUCGUCUUCCUCCGGAGAGUUGUGUCCUCCAAGGCCAUCCAGUCCAAGAUGGCCUCCCCUAAGUGGACCGAAGUGCUGCUCAACAUCGCUGCACAGAAAUGCUGCUCAGGGGUCCCUCUGGUGGGGAACCUGAGAACUCGGCUCCUGGCUCUCCAUGUGCUGGAGGCCGUCCUGCCGGCCUGCGAGGCCAACAUGGAGGACGACCAGAUGACGCAGGUGGUGGAGCGGCUCUUCGCCCUUUUGUCCGACUGCAUGUGGGAAGCUCCCGUCGCCCAAGCCAAGCACUCGAUCCAGAUCAAAGAACGGGUCCAGGAACUCAAACUGCAGGGCGAGGCAGAGGAGGAGGACGAGAACCUCCCCAUCCAGGAGGUGUCCUUCGACCCGGAGAAGGCUCAGUGCUGCGUGGUGGAAAACGGGCAGGGCCUGACGCACGGCAGCGGGGGCAAAGGCUACGGCCUGGCCUCCACCGGCGUCUCCUCCGGGUGCUACCAGUGGAAGUUUUACAUCGUGAAGGAGAACCGGGGCAACGAGGGCACGUGCGUGGGCGUCUCGCGGUGGCCCGUGCAUGACUUCAACCACCGCACCACGUCGGACAUGUGGCUGUACCGGGCGUACAGCGGGAACCUCUAUCACAACGGGGAGCAGACGCUGACCCUCAGCAGCUUCACCCAGGGAGACUUCAUCACCUGCGUGCUGGACAUGGAGGCCAGGACCAUCUCCUUCGGCAAGAACGGAGAGGAGCCGAAGUUGGCCUUCGAGGACGUCGACGCCACGGAGCUCUACCCGUGUGUGAUGUUCUACAGCAGUAACCCAGGAGAGAAGGUGAAGAUCUGCGACAUGCAGAUGAGGGGGACGCCGCGAGACCUCCUACCCGGAGACCCGGUCUGCAGCCCCAUGGCCACCGUGCUGGCCGAGGCCACCACGCAGCUGAUCCGCGUCCUGCAUCGCACCGACCACUGGACCCAGCGCAUCAACAAGACCAUGACGGAGCGGCUGCACCGGAUCAAGCCGUGCUUCAGAGAGUCCGGCGGCGGCCCGAGGCUGAAGAAGAGUCGCUCGGUGCAGAGCCGCGAGGAGCACGACGCCCAGAGGGAGAGCCAGGAGACGCCGGCGAGGGCGGAGGAGGAGCGGGGGCGCCACGGCCGGCAGCACGGCCUGGCGGAGCUGUCGGAGCACCACCUGAGGACGCUGUGCACGGAGGUGUGGCCGGUGCUGUCGGUGAUCGGGGGGGCGGACGCCGGCCUGCGCGUCGGCGGCCGCUGCGUGCACAAGCAGACCGGGAGGCACGCCACGCUGCUGGGCGUGGUCAAGGAAGGCAGCACCUCGGCCAAGGUGCAGUGGGACGAGGCCGAGAUCACCAUCAGCUUCCCAACUUUCUGGUCGCCUAGUGACACUCCGCUUUACAACCUGGAGCCCUGCGAGCCGCUGCCCUUCGACGUGGCGCGUUUCCGCGGCCUCACCGCCUCGCUGCUGCUGGACCUCACGUACCUCACCAGCAUCCACGAGGAGGCCGGCGGCAAGCCGGGCGCGCGGCGCCACGACAAGAAGCAUCGCGGCGCGGCCUCGACCGGCCCGGAGCCGGCCGGGAACGAGGACAAGGCGGAGAGCGAGGGGCGCGACCGUCACGAGCGGAGGGCCGACGGCGGAGCCUCGCCGAACGCCGCGACCUCCGACCUGCGCGUGUCCCAUAGCCUGGACGAGGUGAAGGCUCACGCGGCGCCCAACUCCAAGUCGGAGAGCGAGAUCUCCUCCGCGGCCGGCGGGAACGAGACCCUCUUCGCCGCCGCCGCCGCGCCUCACGCCCCCGCCGAGGGGAACAGGAAGAAAGGCCACGAGCACGGCUCCCGCGCACACGAGCACUCGCCGUCCGCCGGCGCCACGCAGUCGGAGAUCCACGCCGUGCAGAUGUCCUACCUCUACCUGGGCGCCAUGAAGACCCUCAGCGCCCUGCUGAGCUGCAGCAAGUACGCCGAGCUGCUGCUCAUCCCCAAGGUGAUACCAGAGGCGGCGCCCAGCGGCCACAAUGCCGAUCUGAACGCCGGCGGGGGCGGGAGCGCGGCCGCCACCUCGCCGGUGUGCCAGGAGGAGGUGGAGAUGCGGGCGGCUCUGCAGUUCCUCAUGCGCCACAUGGUGAAGCGGGCGGUGAUGCGCUCCCCCAUCAAGCGGGCCUUGGGCCUGGCCGACCUGGAGAGGGCGCAGGCCAUGAUCUACAAGCUCGUGGUGAACGGGCUGCUGGAGGAGCCCAGCGGGGGGAAGGCCAAGCCGGGGGCGAGAAGCGAACCGGAAGGCGAGGGCGACGUCGCGGAGGGCGAGCCGUCGGCUCAGACCCCGAUCACCACCAGCCCCUCGGCCUCCAGCACCACCUCCUUCAUGAGCUCCUCGCUGGAGGACACCACCACGGCCACCACGCCCGUCACGGACACGGAGACCGCCCCGGCCUCGGAGUCCCCGGGGGUCAUGCCCCUCAGCCUGCUCAGGCAAAUGUUCUCCAGCUACCCGACCAGCACCCUGGUUCCGACCCGUCGGGCUCAGACUCCUCCGGUGUCGUCUCUGCCGACCUCGCCCUCCGAGGAGGUCGGGCGCCGGCAGAGUCUCACCUCCCCGGACUCCCACCCCUCCAGACCUCAAAACAGAACGGGCACCUCUCUGUCGGACCCCAGCAGCAGGCUGUCCACGUCUCCCCCUCCUCCGGCCAUCGCCGUCCCCCUGUUGGAGAUGGGCUUCUCUCUGCGGCAGAUCACCAAAGCUCUGGACGCCACCGGCGCUCGAGGGGAAGCGGACGCUCAGAACAUCACGGUGCUCGCCAUGUGGAUGAUCGAGCACCCGGGCACGGAGGACGAGCACGACGAGCCCCACGCCGACGACGGCGGCGGCGGGGGGGGGAGGGGCUCCGACUCGUCCUGCCCGGGAGCGACGGCCUCUUCCGGAGGCAAGUCCCUGGACCGGAGUCCGUACCUGUGCUCCCCCGGAGACGUCGCAGACGCCUCCGAGAUGGAGGAGGGCUUCAGCGAGAGUCUCGAAGGUCUGGACCAGGACAACGCAGCGGCCUCCAGCGGCGGUCCGCUCAGAGGACGCUCCGCUGUGGGCAGGAAACACCGCUUUGACCUCGCUGCCCGCACGCUGCUGGCCCGCGCUGCCGGACUGUACCGGUCUGUGCAGGCCCACCACAGCCAGUCCCGCCGUGAGGUCUCGUCCCUGCAGCAGCAGCAGGACCCGGGCGCCCUGUACGACUUCAACCUGGACGAGGAGCUGGAGAUGGACCUGGACGAGGAGACCAUGGAGGCCAUGUUCGGCCAGGACCUCGCCACCGACACCGACAUCCUGGGAAUGUGGAUCCCGGAGGUACUGGACUGGCCAACAUGGCACGUGUGCGAGACCGACGACCGCGACGAAGUGGUGGUGUGCGAGCUGUGCGAGGCCAACGUGGCCAACUUCAACCAGCACAUGAAGAAGAGCCACCCGGGCUGCGGCCGCAGCGCCAACCGCCAGGGUUACCGUAGCAACGGCUCCUACGUGGACGGCUGGUUCGGAGGGGAGUGCGGCAGCGGCAACCCGUACUACCUGCUGUGCGGAGGCUGCAGGGAGAAGUACCUGGCCAUCAAGAGCAAGGCCAAAGUCCCCAUCGUGGAGCGGUAUAAGGGACAAGCUCCGGACCUCCUGGGGAAGCAGGACAGCGUCUAUGAAGAGGACUGGGACAUGCUGGACGUCGACGAAGACGAGAAGCUGACUGGCGAGGAAGAGUUCGAGCUCCUGGCCGGACCGCUGGGCCUCGGCGAGCGCCGGAUCGUCCCCGAGGCCGUCCAGUUCUCCGACAGCGACCCGCUGGGGGCCUCCGUCGCCAUGGUGACGGCCAGCAACAGCAUGGAGGAGACCCUGCUGCAGAUCGGCUGUCAGACCUCGGUGGAUAAGUGCUCAUCGGGCAGGGUGACCCUCGGCGAGCAGGCGGCCGCCCUCCAGAACCCCCACGACCGGGUGAUGGCGCUCAGGAGGGUGACGGCCGCCGCCCAGGUGCUGCUGGCCCGGACCAUGGUGAUGAGAGCCCUGUCGCUGCUGUCUGUCAGCGGCUCCAGCUGCAGCCUGGCAGCCGGUCUGGAGUCUCUGGGUCUGACGGACAUCCGGACCCUGGUCAGGCUCAUGUGUCUGGCGGCCGCCGGCCGAGCCGGUCUCUCCACCAGCCCCACGUCGGGCUCCGGUCACGGCGAGAGGCCCCGCGGGGCCGCCAAGGCCAGCAAGCCCAUCUCCUGCCUGGCGUACCUCAGCACCGCCGUGGGCUGCUUGGCCUCCAACAGUCACAACGCCGCCAAGCUGCUGGUGCAGCUCUGCACCCAGAACCUGAUCUCUGCAGCGACCGGCAUGAACCUGACGACGGUGGACGACCCCAUCCAGAGGAAGUUCCUGCCCAGCUUCCUGCGCGGCGUCGCCGAGGAGAACAAGCUCGUCACCUCGCCCAACUUCGUGGUCACUCAGGCUCUGGUGGCGCUGCUGGCCGACAAAGGGGCCCGGCUCAGACCCGCCUACGACAAGGCGGACAUGGAGAAGAGAGGUCUAAUUGCGCAUUUGUAUGCCCACCCUUCCCAUAACCCCUCCGCUGUAGGGCCUCUGGAGCUGGCCAACGCUCUGGCGGCCUGCUGCCUGUCCUCCCGGCUGUCCUCGCAGCACCGCCAGUGGGCCGCCCAGCAGCUGGUCCGCACGCUGGCCGCCCACGACCGCGACAACAACCACAGCCGGCCGCAGACCUUCGCCGACAUGGCGGGGGACCUGCGGAAGUGCUCCUUCAUCAAGCUGGAGGCGCACCAGAGCAGAGUCAUCACGUGCGGGUGGUGCAGUAAGAAAGGCCUGCUGGCUACCAGUGGCAACGAUGGGACGGUGAGGAUGUGGAACGUCACCAAGAACCAGUACACGCUGCAGCAGACCUGCAUCUUCAACAAGGAUGACGGCUGCUCUGCAGACUCCGGUCUGGGCUCCCCCAGCGACCCCUGCAUGUCCCCUCUGGCCUGGAGCGUCACCGGGAAAUACCUGGCGUCAGCCAUGGAGAAGCUGGUGAACAUCUGGCAGGUCAACGGCGGUAGAGGCCUCCUGGCCGUGCAGCCCCACUGGGUGUCUGCUCUGGCUUGGCCUGAAGAGGAGUCCGAGUCCCUCUGGCUCGGGGAGCCCCGGGACCUGCUGCUGGUGGGCCGGAUGGACGGCUCUCUGGGCCUCAUCGAGGUGCUGGACGCCUCCAGCAUGCAGCGCACCGAGCUGGAGCACUGCUGCAGGAAGGACGUGGCCGUGAUGCACGUCGCCUGGUACAGCGAGGACAGGCCGUUCGCCGUCGGCUACGCGGACGGAAAGCUGCUCAUCGGGUCCACGGAGCCUCUGGAGAAAGACGCCAUCGUGGUCAUCGACGCCCACAAGGAGUCCAUCUCCAGCAUGAAGUGGAGUCCCAACGGUCAGGUGCUGCUCACCUGUGCCAAAGAGGAGAUGGUGAAGCUGUGGGCCAGUCCGGACUCCCACCCCGGCUCCGGCUGGCGCUGCCUGCAGAGCCUCCGACACCCGUCCCCGGUUAACGGCGUGGCGUGGUGCGGCCUGCUGGGACGCGGCCCCAAGCCCCUCGGCAUGUUGGCCAUAUGCUGCCAGAACGGCCACGUCUCCGUCUGGACCGUCCCUCAGAACGUCUCCGGCUUCCCAGAUUCCUCUGAGUCCGAGGGAUGUUGGGAGAACGAAGCCAAGCAUAAAUUCAGGUCUCCCCGGUGGUCGGGCAGAGGAGCCACCUGUGUCUUCCAGCUGAAGGGCCACAUCACCCCGGUGAGGACGCUGGCCUUCAGCCCCGACGGCCUGGCUCUGGCCUCCGGAGGAGUGGGGGGGCUCAUGAACAUCUGGUCCCUGCGGGACGGGUCGGUGCUCCAGUCAGUGGUAGCCGGUUCAGGUGCGAUCCAGAACAUUGUCUGGAUCCCAGAUGUGGGCGUCGCCGUCUGCUCCAACAGGUCCAAGGACGUGCUGGUCGUGAACUGCUCCAAAGAGUUCAUGGCGUCCCACCACGUGCUCGCCACUUGCCGCACGGCUCUGAAGAAGCAGGGCGUGGUGGGCCUCAACAUGGCGCCCUGCAUGAGGGCCUUCCUGGAGAGGCUCCCCGUCAUGCUGCAGGAGCAGUACGCCUACGAGAAGCCCCACGUGGUGUGCGGCGAGCAGCUCGUCCACAGCCCCUACAUGCAGUGCCUCGCCUCGCUGGCCGUGGGGCUCCACCUGGACCAGCUCCUGUGCCGCCCCCCGGCGCCGCCCAACCUCCGGCACUGCCCGCCGGAGUCCGGCGUGGCCGUCUGGUGCGCCGGCGAGUGGGCCUGGUUGGACUGCUUCUCCACCACGGUGAAGGCGGCCGAGGCCCUCGCUCGGGGCGCCACCUUCUCCGAGUCGUUCUCCGUGCCCGACCUGGAGCCCGUGCCCAAAGACGAGCUGGCUCUGCUCAUGGACAACAGCAAAUGGGCGCCUGGGAUGGACGAGCAGAUCAUGUCCUGGGCCACCUCCAGACCAGAGGACUGGCACCUCGGGGGGAAGUGUGACGUGUACCUGUGGGGUGCAGGGCGACACGGCCAGCUGGCUGAGGCCGGCAGGAACAUCCUGGUGCCCACGACCGCUCCGUCCUUCUCUCAGGCUCAGCAGGUGGUGUGCGGUCAGAACUGCACCUUCGUGAUCCAGCCCAACGGGACGGUGCUGGCCUGCGGCGAGGGAAGCUACGGCCGCCUGGGGCAGGGCAACUCUGACGACCUGCACCUGCUCACCGUGGUGUCGGCUCUUCAAGGUUUCGUGGUGACCCAGCUGGUGACGUCGUGCGGUAGCGACGGUCACUCCAUGGCGCUGACGGAGAGCGGCGAGGUGUUCAGCUGGGGCGACGGUGACUACGGCAAGCUGGGCCACGGCAACAGCGACCGGCAGCGCCGCCCGAGGCAGAUCGAGGCGCUGCAGGGGGAGGAGGUGGUGCAGAUGUCCUGUGGGUUCAAACACUCGGCCGUGGUGACGGCGGACGGGAAGCUUUUCACUUUUGGAAACGGUGAUUACGGCCGACUGGGUUUGGGGAACACGUCCAACAAGAAGCUCCCGGAGAAGGUCACGGCUCUGGAGGGGUACCACGUGGGACAGGUGGCGUGCGGUCUGAACCACACGUUGGUCGUCUCCGCCGACGGGAUGAUGGUUUGGGCUUUCGGUGACGGAGACUACGGCAAACUGGGACUCGGCAACUCCACGGCCAAGUCGUCCCCUCAGAAGGUGGACGUGCUGUGUGGAACCGGCAUCAGCAAAGUGGCGUGCGGAACCCAGUUCUCCGUGGCUUUGACCAAAGAUGGCAAAGUGUUCACGUUCGGCCAAGACCGCCUGAUCGGCUUACCAGAGGGCCGGGCCAGGAACCACAACCGGCCCCAGCAGGUGCCGGCCCUGUCGGGGGUCCACAUCCAGGACGUGGCUGUGGGGGCGGAGCACACGCUGGUGCUCUCCUCCACGGGGGACGUUUACACCUGGGGCAGCAACUCCGAGGGACAGCUCGGUCUGGGCCACACGAACCACGUCAGGGAGCCGGCGGCGGCCUCGGCGCUGCAGGAGAAGAACAUCCACCAGAUCUCCGCCGGACGCUGCCACAGCGCCGCCUGGUCGGCUCCCUCUGUGCCGCCUCGCGCUCCAGGCUCGUCGGUUCCUCUCCAGCUGGGUCUCCCCGCGGCGGUUCCUCCUCAGUACAGCGGGCUGAGGGAGGUCAGCAUGGAGGCGGUGAGGGCUCGCCUGCGCCUCCUCUACCACUUCUCCGACCUCAUGUACUCCUCGUGGAGACUCCUCAACCUCAGCCCCAACAACCAGAGCUGCACGUCUCACUACAACGCCGGCACCUGGGGGCUGGUCCAGGGCCAGCUGAGGCCCCUGUUGGCCCCCAGAGUCUACACGCUGCCCAUGGUGCGCUCCAUCGGCAAGACCAUGGUCCAGGGCAAGAACUACGGCCCCCAGAUCACCGUCAAGCGCAUCUCCACGCGGGGGCGCAAGUGCAAACCCAUCUUCGUGCAGAUCGCCCGUCAGGUGGUGAAGCUGAACGCCUCCGACCUCCGCCUGCCGUCCCGCGCCUGGAAGGUGAAGCUGGUGGGCGAGGGCGCCGACGACGCGGGCGGCGUGUUCGACGACACCAUCACGGAGAUGUGCCAGGAGCUGGAGACGGGAGUGGUGGACCUGCUCAUCCCCGCCCCCAACGCCACGGCCGAGGUGGGCUACAACCGAGACCGGUUCCUCUUCAACCCGUCCUCCUGCCUGGACGAGCACAUGCUCCAGUUCAGGUUCCUGGGCAUCCUGAUGGGCGUGGCCAUCCGCACCAAGAAGCCCCUGGACCUCCACCUGGCUCCGCUGGUGUGGAAACAGCUGUGCUGCAUCCCGCUGGUGCUGGAGGACCUGGAGGAGGUGGACCUCCUCUACGUGCAGACGCUCAAGAGCAUUCUUCACAUUGAAGACGGCGGCAUCACCGAGGAGAACUUCCACGAGAUGAUCCCUCUGGACUCCUUCGUGGGGCAGAGUGCAGACGGGAAGAUGGUGCCCAUCAUCCCGGGAGGAAACAGCAUCCCGCUCUCCUUCUCCAACAGGAAGGAGUACGUGGAGCGAGCCAUCGAGUACCGGCUGCACGAGAUCGAUCGCCAGGUGGCGGCGGUGCGUGAGGGCAUGUCGUGGAUCGUGCCGGUGCCGCUGCUCUCGCUGCUGACGGCCAAGCAGCUGGAGCAGAUGGUGUGCGGCAUGCCGGAGAUCUGCUGCGACGUGCUGAAGAAGGUGGUGCGCUACAGGGAGGUGGACGAGCAGCACUCCCUGGUGCAGUGGUUCUGGCAGACGCUGGAGGAGUUCUCCAACGAGGAGCGGGUCCUCUUCAUGCGCUUCGUCUCCGGACGCUCCCGGCUGCCCGCCAACACGGCCGACAUCUCCCAGAGGUUUCAGAUCAUGAAGGUGGACCGGCCGUACGACAGCCUGCCGACCUCUCAGACCUGCUUCUUCCAGCUGCGCCUGCCUCCGUACUCCAGCCAGGCCGUCAUGGCCGAGCGGCUGCGCUACGCCAUCAACAACUGCCGCUCCAUCGACAUGGACAACUACAUGCUGUCCAGGAACGUGGACAACGCCGAGGGCUCCGACACGGACUACUGACCCUGAACCCCACACGGGAAACACUUUUUAAAAGAACCCAUUUUAUGUACUUUCAAACAGCAGAGUUUCGUUUCUCCUGGUGGUUUAUUAGCAGUUUUUAAAAAUGACACACAGAUCCACGCGAGAAGUGCAUUUAGUGUUAAUGUGUUCUUUUUGCCCAUUACUCCACAUCCCAUUUUCAGGGUUUCUGCAUGGAGGUUUGUUUAUUUGUUUGGACAUGUGUAUAAAAUAUUCAAGCGGUCGGUCCGGAGGGAGAAAAGAAUAUUGUACAUUGUGUAAAAUGCUUCAUUAGGAAAAUGUUUUGCAUAAUAUCCAUAUUUAUUGUUUUCAUUGCCUAUGCCGAGUUCCCCAAAGCAUUAAAACAACAACAACAACAAUAAAUGCUGCGUAACCGAG